CUGGGAGCGAGCGUAGCGGACGCGGAAGGGGCAGCGCACCGGGUGAUGGAGUGAGCGGCGCCAUCUGACCCGGGGAUUGUGUGGGGAGCCGGGGCCCAGGUCGACCUGACGAACUGCGGGGCCUCGGCCAGCUGGGGCCGAGCCGAACGUAAGGCCGGUGUCGCUGCCGCCGCGACUCUUGUCAAUCCCGCCCGGAUUGGGAAGAGAGCGAUGGAGCGCAGGCGGCUGGAGACAGCGGGUUCGAGCUCGGGCUCGGCGGCCGCGGGGCCCCUGCCGCUAGACGACGCCGAACUGGCGCUGGCUGGGAUCAACAUGCUGCUAAACAACGGCUUCAGGGAAUCGGACCAGCUCUUCAAAAAAUACCGGAACAACAGUCCUCUCAUGAGCUUUGGAGCAAGCUUUGUUAGUUUCUUGAAUGCCAUGAUGACCUUUGAAGAUGAAAAAAUGCAGCUGGCUUGUGAUGAUUUAAAAAGCACGGAAAAGCUGUGUGAAAGUAGUGAAGCAGGUGUCAUUGAAACAAUUAGGAAUAAAAUUAAAAAGAAUGUUGAUAUGCAGAGGCCCACUGCAUUUGAUGUUGAUCGGCUCCAAAGGCAAAUCAUCAUCGCAGACUGCCAGGUCUACCUUGCUGUACUUUCCUUUGUGAAGCAGGAACUUUCAGCGUAUAUUAAAGGUGGAUGGAUCCUCCGAAAAGCAUGGAAAAUUUAUAACAAAUGUUAUACUGAAAUUGAUGCACUACAGCUAAUGCAUAAAAAAAGGUCUCGAGAAUCGCUGACGUCCGAUCGGGCAAAUGAUAACCAUAUUCCUGCUAUGUCUUUACAUGAAGAGUCACUAAGCAGACUGAAAGGUGCAGUCAGCUUUGGUUAUGGGCUUUUCCAUCUUUGUAUUUCAAUGGUACCUCCAAAUUUGCUGAAAAUCAUCAACUUAUUGGGGUUUCCUGGAGAUCGCCUGCAGGGAUUAUCAUCUUUAAUGUAUGCCAGUGAAAGCAAGGACAUGAAGGCUCCAUUAGCUACGUUAGCUUUGUUGUGGUACCACACAGUUGUGCGACCGUUCUUUGCUUUGGAUGGCACAGAUGCCCAAGCUGGUCUGAGAGAAGCCAAGGAAAUCCUGCAGACAAAGGAAGCCAUUUAUCCAGACUCCUCGUUGUUCCUGUUUUUCAAGGGACGGAUUCAACGAUUGGAGUGUAAAAUUAACAGUGCCUUGAUGUCAUUUCAAACUGCAUUGGAGCUUGCUGUAGAUCAGCGAGAAAUCCAACAUGUGUGUCUGUAUGAGAUAGGUUGGUGUACCAUGAUUGAAAUGAAUUUCAAGGAUGCCUACAAGUCUUUUGCACGACUUAAAAAUGAGUCCAGGUGGUCCCAGUGCUAUUAUGCAUAUUUGACUGCAGUUUGCCAGGGAGCAACAGGUGAGACUGACAAGUCACAAGAAGCAUUUGUAGAGGUCCAACGGCUUUUCAAAAGGAAAAAUAAUCAAAUAGAGCAGUUUUCCUUCCGAAAGGCUGAAAGGUUUCAGAAAGAGAAGCCCACGAAAGAUUUGUGUGUGCUUGCUGUCAUAGAAGUGCUUUAUUUGUGGAAAGCUCUUGGCAACUGUUCCCCUUCCAAUCUUCAACGAAUGAAUCAAGCUUGCCAGGAAAUAUAUGAGCCAUCAACAGUUGGGUUAAAACACUUACUCCUUGGUGCAAUACACAAAUGUCUAGGAAAUACAGAUGGUGCUCUGCAGUUUUUCCAAUUAGCUGUAAAGGAUGAGCUGAGUCGUCAGAACAAUGCCUACAUACAGCCCUAUGCCUGUUAUGAGCUGGGAUGUUUAUUGUUGGAGAAUCCAGAGAUGCUGGAUAAAGGCAAAGCUUUGCUUUACCAAGCCAAGGAGGAGUUUGCUGGAUAUGAUUUUGAAAACCGGCUUCAUGUGCGUAUCCAUACUGCUUUAGCAUCAUUGAAAGAAGGUAUUCCACAGUGAUGUUUGCCAAACUGGAAUCCUCUUCAGUGCACAUGUGAUUGAACUUCAAUCAAUUUCUGCACUUUAUGCUGUUAAUAUUCAGCAAAGUGGUCGGCCAGAUCCAAGGAAAGCUGUAUAAGACCCAAGCAUGUAGAAUAUCUUUAAACGUAUUAAGAAUGGUUCCACUGGCAAAUGUGAGAUGACGCAAAUCUGUUGCUUUGUUAUAGAUAGUUAAAAAGGUGGUGGCUUAGAGGAUUCCAAGGACUAUCAAGUGACCUUGCUUAUUUUAACCACCACUUUGGAAUGGUGUAGUUCAGUUUAGACCUAACUCAAUUAUCUGUACAGUUUAAUGAAGCACAGAGUCUUUUCAUGUCACUGGUGCAUAUUCUAAUGGCCUUGGUUGUGUAGUUGGUCAGGACUGAAGGAGGAUUCAUGGCUUUUGCCUUUUUCAGGCAAAAUAGACAGCCAUAUUGUUAAAAACAAUAGCCAUACUUUUUGUUGCACUAAUUUUAUUUAUACUUUGCGGAGAUUUUAUGCCAUUGUUAUUUUAAAAUGUGUAAAAAAAAAAAAAAUAUUGGUAGCACUUUUUAAUCCCUUUUGUAUUGGACCCAGAGAACACCAGCAGCGAAGGACUUGAGUUCAUUUCUGCUCAGGGUCGUUUGUUAAUUAUGAGUGAAAGAUGCAGUCUUUUUGAAAUGCCUCUGAAACCACUACACCAAAAUGUUAUUUGAUCUUCUGUGUUAGCAUUCUUUUAAGUGUCCAGAUACCUCAGUUGUGGAUCAGAUGUAAAUUGUGAAAUUCGUACAUUUGUAAAGGAUAACUCUGGAAAACAGGGUACUGAACAAACAAAACUGCCUUGUAGCAUCUCAGUGUCGAAUUAAUUACUUUGUCAUUUGUUUUGUCAUAUUAUAAUAUUGGGUUUUUAAUCGAUUGUUACAAACAUCGUACAGGGAAAAGUUAGAUUUUUAUUCUGUAUUAGCUUAUGCAGUUGCCAAGUUAUUUAUGCGCCAUUACUUAAGAGAUGUGAACCAUUGAAUAAGAACAUGUAACAUAUCACUUGGAUGUAGAUACGACUUGGAAACACCACCAUUGAUUGGUUUCAAAUAUAUUUUUUUAUGAAUUAUUGAAAUAUUAGGCAUGGUUUAACUGCAGAAAAACCUGCAAACAUCAUCCCUGAGUGAUACAUAUUUGGGUUUAUCUAUAUAUUGGAACACCAUGUGUGGAUUGUCCAGCAACUGUGAAUGUUUGGUGCAUCAAGCUACUCUUUUUCCUGAAACUGUUAAUUCCUUACUGUGAUACUAUUCUACAGGUACUGGUAUUUCUCGGUCUUGCCCAAGUGGUCAGUUGGUGUGGGACAGACCCUGGGGUGUUUCUGUUCGACUGUAACUCCAUGAAGAAACUUAAUUGUUGCUGGUUGCAUAGUUUAAUUUUAUUUGAAUAUUUAGACUGUUGCACAGAAAUAUGUCUUGAUUUCAAAUCUGUUUUCCUGUUUUACAAAGCUGGUGAUCCUAGAAGCUCAAUCCCCUUAUGUACACAAUGUUGUGCAGUUCUGUAUGGGGGCUGGAUUUUUGUUUUGUUUUGGAUAGAAUGAAAUAUCUGACAUUUUUGACACCUGUUUACUUGGGUAAAGUAAUGAAGUGUGACUCUUUAUGAAGUUCUUACAUGAGAGUGUUAACAUUUGGUUGUGGCACACAUGCCACUCUGGGAAAGGGAAACAAAAGUUAAAAAUUGUAAUGAAUUGAGUUCUGUAAUUAAUCCAAUGCUUGUAUUAAUGGAGGAAAGCUUGUAUUGAAAAAUGACUUAAUUACAGAAUGGACUAAUACUUGCAAAUGAAUUCACUGGGAACAUAAAACAAGUGUUUUCUGCUUGAUCAUCACAGCAGUUUACUAUCAGGUACUUUGAGCUGAAUUGUUCAUUGUGUACAUGAUUAGAAUAUGGAUGACAAAAUCUUUCCCUGUUGUUUUGACUGUAUAUAAACUGCCGUUACUCAUCUGCAUUAAACAAAGUGACCAGAUGUGGCUAAUACCUAGUGUUAUUGUAUCAGAAG